AGUGUGAGUCGGUACUUCCCUCCCCGCCAAUCUUUCUUUGACGAAGAGAGUCUGAAAUUGGCCUCUCAAAACAAACAAAAAAAACAAACAAACAAAAAAUCAUCAUAACUUCUCUGAUAAUCCAUUGUAGUAUACAUCAUCUCAGAUUCAAAUUCUGAUUCAAUUUUCCAAUCGAAAACCUUUGACUUCAAUUCAAUUUUCAUUUCAAAUUCAUUUCCUUUUCAUUCACCUUCAACAAUUUCAAUUCCAAAUCUCUAUCUCUUCGAUUCCUAGGGUUUCGUCUAUGCCGAUCAAUUUGACUCCGAACGCGAUUCCGGCAAUAAACGCCGGAGAUGUGAACUCGAAGCCGGUGGUUCAGGUUCUGGACAUCAAACUCAUCGGUAACAAUCAGGAACGGUACCGUUUCAUGCUCUCCGAUGGUGUGUCGACUCAGCACGCAAUGCUCGCUACUCAGCUCAACGACCGAGUCAAGUCCGGCCGAGUCCUCAAAGGUUCUGUCAUUCAGUUGAUCGAAUAUAUCUGUAGUACCGUUCAGAAUCGCAAGAUCAUUGUUGUUCUAAACAUGGAAACUAUUAUAUCAGAAUGUGAAGUAAUUGGGAAUCCAAAAGUGUUCAUGGAAUCUGAUUCAGUAGGACAAAAACCAGUGCCUGAUGACAGCUUUGGGCGCACAACUAUGGCUACCAAUAAUAAGAGUGCCCAAAAUGCUGGAAACAAUAUGCAGAGUUUUCACCCAACUGUUCAACCUCCAUACCAACCGCCUCCAAAUUACAAAGCCCAUGGGUCAAUUAUGAAGAAUGAAGCACCAGCACGAAUAAUUCCAAUUGCUGCUUUGAAUCCUUAUCAAGGUCGGUGGGCAAUCAAGGCAAGAGUAACUGCAAAAGGAGAGAUCCACCGUUACAACAAUGCCCGGGGAGAUGGGAAGGUGUUCUCCUUUGACCUUCUUGACUCUGAUGGAGGUGAAAUACGAGCCACCUGCUUCAAUGCUGUUGUUGAUCGCUUCCAUGAUAUUAUUGAGGUUGGUAAAGUCUAUUUGAUAUCAAAGGGUAGCUUGAAACCCACCCAGAAGAACUUCAACCAUCUGAAAAAUGAAUGGGAGAUAUUUUUGGAGGCAACUUCAACGAUCGAUCUUUGCCCUGAUGAAGAUGGUUCUAUACCACAACAGCAAUUCUCCUUCAGACCUAUCAGUGAAAUUGAGGUUGCUGAAAAUAAUUCAAUCAUAGACAUUAUUGGUGUUGUAAUAUCUGUGAACCCUUCAGUCCCUAUCUUGAGGAAGAAUGGUAUGGAAACUCAGAGAAGAAUUCUAAAUCUGAAGGACCAAUCCGGCCGGAGUGUUGAGUUAACUCUAUGGGGUGAUUUCUGCAAUAGGGAAGGUCAAAAUCUGCAAGAACUGGUUGACUGUGGGCUUUUCCCGAUUUUAGCUGUCAAAGCUGGGAAAGUUAACGACUUCAGUGGGAAAUCUAUAGGGACCAUUUCUUCCACCCAGCUCUUCAUAAAUCCAGAUUCUCCAGAGGCCCAAAGCUUGAGAGUUUGGUUUGAUCAACGGGGCAAAAAUAUUGCUUCUCAAUCUAUCUCUAGAGACAUGACUGGAGGACCAAAGAAUGAGAUUCGUAAAACUGUGUCUCAGAUCAAGGACGAAGGCUUGGGAAGAUCAGAUAAGCCAGACUGGGUUACAGUGAAGGCAUCCAUAUCAUUCAUCAAGACGGAUACGUUCUGCUACACAGCUUGCCCAUUGAUGAUUGGAGAUAGACAGUGUAAUAAAAAAGUGACAAGGUCGGGAAAUUCAAGAUGGCAAUGUGACCGGUGCAAUCAGGAAUUCGAGGAGUGUGAUUACAGAUACCUUCUUCAAGCUCAAGUUCAGGAUCAUACGGGGUUGACAUGGGUGACCUCUUUUCAGGAAUCAGGUGAAGAGAUUGUGGGUUGCUCAGCAAAGGAGUUGUACUUCUUGAAAUAUGAAGAGCAGGAUGAUGUCAGGUUUGCAGAAAUCAUCCGUGGCAGUCUCUUCAGAGAAUAUCUGUUUAGGCUCAAAAUCAAAGAGGAAAUGUAUGGUGAUGAACAGAGGGUGAAAAUCACAGUUGUCAAGGCAGACAAGGUGAACUAUUCUGCUGAAAGCAGACACCUGCUUGAUUUGAUCUUGAGAGUUCGCCCUCACUGAAUAAUUCAGAACUGAAUUGAAUGGUUAGUGAUGCAGUACAAUUAGUUCUGUGAAGAAUAUUGGUCCGAUUAUGUUUAGGAGGAACUGGCAAUGAAUUCGUAGUUACUGAUUUUAUGAAUAAAUGUCAACAAAUAUAUAUUAAUGUUCACCAAGAACAAGGUACGGUUACAUGUAAUUCUUGAUUCAAAUUUUCCACUUCAAUUCGGAUUUUAGAUAUUGCAAUUUGAUAA